UUAACUCCAUUUGUUUACUUGCUCUUUGUUCCAAAGUCUGUGCUGAAGAGGUCAGUGUUCGUGGGGUUGGUGCUGUUUGCUCUCAUUCCUCUGAAUGAUGCCGCCUGCUCAAUGACGAUGCUGAAAAGAGGUGCGACUCAUUGUCAGGACAUCAUGGAUAAGAUCUGGCACCCUGUGGGAUCAUCCUGGACCAACAAAAAAUGUGUUAAGUGUACCUGCAAGGCUGAUGGAAUGCGCUGCUGUGAUGGACUUCCAAAAAUUUUUAACGUUCCUGAAGAUUGCACUGUGGAGUACAAUUAUAAGACAUGCACAUUUAAAGUGUCUGAAAAGAAGAACCCCUCAAUUCCUUGCUCUCACAGCGCUGUUGGAAAGUGAAAUGAAGUGAAAGAGAGAUAUAGAACAGAAGAUAAGGGCAGAAGUCAGUAAUUCUGUACUUAAGUGCAUGUUAAUUAAAUCAAAGCGACUUUAUUAAAGGUUGAUAGAAACUAAA